CAAGGAUAAAUGCGACAUGACAAGGAUCCCGUUGGGGGCAAUAUGUUUGACGUCAUACUCGAUCAAACUCCCAAAGGUGCUGCUCCUCACUUUUUGCAUCAGAACAGGCCAUAUUCUACGCUCGAAACACCCAUAUAGAGCGUAACGAAGGUUGGCAAGUGGUUCGCAGUUCGCAGCCCUAGAAGACUAGUCUAAGUGGACACACCAUCAUUCUGACGCGCAGCCAUUGACUUCCUUGAUUCUCCCUCCUGGAAGACAGUGACAACAAUCAAAAUCCAUCGGCCACCGUUCUUCCCAGCCUCAAACAGUCCUCUGACAACUCGAAAACGCAUACGGUAGUAAAACACCAGUCUGGAAACAAACCCACCUUUCAGUUUCUUCAAUCAUCUUUUAGCUACUCCCAGACCAUGACGACAAGUAAACGAAGCGAGGUGAUUAUUGAUCCAGGAAAGAAUGAUGUCCUUUGCGGAAGGGGAGGGCGCAUUAUGGAAUAUCCUGGGAACGUCAAGUUUCAACAUAUGAUUGACUGUUGGAAAGAACGCUACAGCAGUGCUCCCUGCAGGACACAAAAGGCGGCCAUGGCCAUUGUGUUGGUUCGGCUGUGGCGCAAACAGAGUCCCCCAGGACGAUUCUUGAUCAGAGCGGACCCUUCUAAGGGGAACAAUAGUCCAUGGAGGGACAUUGGCAAUCGCAAGGCCAAGCAAAAGGUUAUGAAGUGUUUGCGCGAAGGUUCUAGUCUACAAGGGGUUGCUAACACGAAUGCUACAGGUGCAGCCGCCUUGCAUGGGCAAGCCAUGCCAAAUGCUACUAGUCGUCAGUGGGGGGUUCCAAGCCAUCAUGCUAACGUGGUGUCCCCAUCUCCUGAUCCGGGGUCUGACACAAGCAGUGCUUCUGUGAACUCAAACCAAGGCCCGGGCCAAUCCAAGAAUUCGAAGUCGGCAGUCGCCAUGCCUGGGUUCAAUCCAGUCCAAGGUGCGAGAAGCCAAGGAACCUCAAGUCCAGGUGGCUCUGUGUCUGCAACUCUCGUUGGCACGCUGGCGGCAGGGCAGAUGCAGCCGCAAUUUUGCCCCACAGUUGCUGUGAGAGCACCCUGCGGCAACAGCGGUGCGGGCUGCCAACCAAUGGUAACUCCUGCCACCUACGCUUCCAAACAGCCGAAUCAAAGUUGUGCAUUGGCGGGUACCAGUUCAAGCCCACAGGCUGCACCGACAGCAGAUCAUCCAUUCAUGCAGUUGAUACGUGCAGCUGCUGCGUCAUCGGCCCAAGACUCGCUAUACCAGAACACAGCUAACCCGCCAUCACAAGCUGGACCUCCUCCUACAAUGCCGCCGCCAGCUUUAUCGCCCGCCAUCAAUGCUCGGGGAGCGAACAACUCCACCAGCACUUGUGCCAAUGCCACUUCAACAAGACGAGUAGAGCCCACUUCUAGCACAGAGGCUAUCACGGCAGUCAAUUCUCAAUUGACACAGCUGAUAAGUGCCGUUGUUUCAUCAUCAGCCCAAAACCCAGUGAACCACAACUUGGUUUCCCCGCCAUCACAAGUUGGACCCCCGCCUCCUCCGCCUCUAUUGCCGGCCGUCAUUUCUCAGGGGGGGACUCACUCCAUCGGGACAGUUGCCAAUAAUACUUGCUCUGCAGGAGUAACCCCAGUUUCCAUCCCAGUCGCCCCCACAGCGGUGGAGACCCAACUCAUGCAGUUGAUUGCUGCCUGUUUGAUAACGGCGGCACAGGAUCCAAACCAGAAUGUGGUUUCUACGCAACUACAGGUUGGACCACCAGCGCCGUCUGUGCCUGCAGUACCAGCCUGGAAUAACCAAGCAGGGACACACUCCACGAUGGCUUGCGCCAUUCCUACGUCGGCUGGAGCAGCGCCCACUUCCAGCCCACCCAUCCCAACAGAAGUAGACUCCCAACUAGCACAGUUGAUUUCUUCCACUCUAUUGGCAGCUCAAGAUCCAAACCAGAACCCGGCUUCAAGGGAACCACAACUUGUCCUACAGCCGCCGCCAUUGUCAGCCCAGGGAGGGCCAACGGCAAGUGUUUCUCCUUUGGUAUUCCCGACGCCGUCCGAAGGAAACAUGGUUCAGUGGAUUGGCGACGCCGCUACCGCUUUUGAACGCAGUGGUCUGAUGCUGGUUUCCAAAACUCUGAAAGACCUCCAGGUACUCUUGGCUGUAGCUCAGCUCCUUGAGUUGGCCGCUUCCAGCGGCGGUAGUUGACGAUUCUUUGCCCGAAUUGGAUGGAUUGAAAAAGACUCCAGCUGGUUCUUGAUUGAACUAUCCUUGAUACACUACUAGUAGAUAAUGCAUAUACAUAGAGAGCACCCGCUAUCGUGAUUCUC